AUGGUCUCUCCAGUGCAACCCUUAAAGUCUCUGAGAGACUCACAAGUUGUUGUCGAUACCUACCGCCAGUUGUAUCGUCACGGGCUGAAAGCCGUAAAUUAUUCGACGCCAGCUCGAUACGUCCUUCUGCAUACUCUACGCUCCUCCUUCCGAUCGUCACCUCCAGAGAGCCUGGACCAAAAACGAGUCGCCAAUACUAUUCAAUUCCUCCAGAGAGCAGCGGAAGCCGCAGGUCUGGAACACAAGAUUGUGAAGAACAUGAUGAUCAUGAAAUACUGGCAAAAUCCCCAAAUAAGGCGAGAGCUCCGAACUAUCAAAGGCUUAGGGGUCGAGCCCCAUGAUCCUAAACUCAAGGAGGACGCCUGGCAGCAAUACAAUUUGACCUUGAAGCUCCUGAACGAGAGCUUGGGGACUUGCCUCGUAUAA